AAGUUUGAGAGGUACCUUUUUCUCACACCAUCUGAUUUUAUUUCUUUGUUGCUUUUCAUAAUCAUCAGACUGAUCUUUUCAUAGAAUCAUAGUAAUAUUGGUUUACUAGUUUCUAUGACAUGAAAAGUUUCUGCUUUUCAUUCCGUUUGUUAACUUUUCAAGAUUCUGUACAAUUUCCAUUGAAUGCUUCUCUGUAUUUUUUUCAUUUAUAUAUCUAAUGGGUAACACCAAAAAACCUAUUUUUUCUCUACACUAAAGUUGCAUCAUGAAAAUUCCUCCAAGAAAACCUCAUUUUUUUAAGCCUAUUUUGCCAGGGUUCAAGAAUGGAAUUAAUGUUCCUAUAGGUUUCUUGAAGUAUUUGAAGGGACAUGAACACAUUGAACAUGCACUACUAAAAAGGGGUGGCAAAGAGUGGCUGGUGAAAGUGAACGGCCGUCGAUUUGAAGAUGGCUGGAAAAAGUUCGCUAAGGAGCAUGGUUUGCAGUUAGGAGAUUUGUUGAUUUUUAGACAUGACGGAGACAUGAAGUUUGAGGUUAUCACCAUCUUUGAUUCAACUCAUUGUGAGAGAGAAUAUGCAGAGUAUUUGCGGCAAGAAGAAGGGAAAGAUGUAGAAGAAGAACACGAGGAAGAAGAGGACGGCGAAGAGGAAGAAGACGAGGAAGAAGAGCACGAAGAAGAAGCUCAUAUUGUUGAAGAGAUUUCCAAGGAUUUUGAAUUCAAAGGAAAACCAAAGCCCAAGAUCAAGACAUCAGGCAAGGCUUUCUCCAAUGUAGAAGCUGCUAAGCACAUGAAUCUCAGUCACUCUCAUUUCAUUUGUACUAUUAGACCAUAUUGCCUUUCAGCACACUUUCUGUGUAUUCCAAAGAAAUUUGCACAAGAAAACAGACUCCAUGACAGGAAAUGUAUGAUGAUUAUGAGGGACGAGCAACAGACAUGGACGUUUAGUGUGUAUACAAAUGGCAAUAACACUUGCAUUGGAAGUGGAUGGCAUGAAUUCUGCAUUACGAAGUGCUUAAAGGAAGGAGAUUGCUUAAUGUUUGAGAUAGUUUCCAAUGGAGAAACACCGAUAUUCAGAUUUCAUGAUUUGAGAGGAAGUCCAUCCCUCCAGGCUGAAGUAAAGAAGAAAAAUUUGGAUGCUGAAAGAAUGUCAGAUAAAGCAAUAACAGAUGAUAGGCUUAAGACCUCAGACGUGACUACACCGAAAUCACAACUAACAAAUUCAACAGGAAAACCAAGGCUCAACAUCAAGACAUCAGGCAAGGCUUUACCCAAUGUAGAAGCUGGUUAUAUGGACAUGCAUCUCAGUUACUCUCAUUUCAUUUGUACUAUUAGACCUUAUAGCCUUUCAAAGUAUUGUCUGUGUAUUCCUAAACAAUUUGCACAAGAAAACGGACUCAACGACAGGAAAUGUAUGAUAAUUGUAAGGGACGAGCAACAGUCAUGGACAUUUGGUGUGUACACAAGCGGCAAAGCCACCUUCAUUGGAAGUGGUUGGCAUGAAUUCUGCAUUACGAAUUGCUUAAAGGAAGGAGAUCACUUACUGUUUGAGAUAGUUUCCAAUGGAGAAACACCUAUAUUUAGAUUUCAUGAUUUGAGAGGAAGUCCAUCCCUCCAGCCUGAAGUAAAGAAGAAAAAAUUGGAUGCUGAAAGAAGGCCGGAUAAAGCAAUAACAGACGUUAGGCUUAAGACUUCGGACGUGACUACUCCUGAAUCACAAAUAGCUGCUUCAACAUCUGCUGAUGCCAACCCUCAUUUUAUAUCUACUGUUCAACCUUACACUCUCAGAUUUCCUGUUUUGUAUCUUCCAAUGGCUUUUGCAAAAUCAAAUGGCUUUCUGAAUAAAUGUGAGUUGAUUCUCGUGGAUGAAAAACAGAGAUUAUGGUCAGUGUGUCUAGGGAGAAUUGGCAAUACUCACUUUGGAAUUAAAAGGGGAUGGCCGCAGUUCAGACUAGCAAAUGGUGUUCAAGUAGGAGAUACUUACAAGUUUGAACUCACCAACAAUGACACAGUACCUAUAGUGCAUUUCCACUGUAAAUAUACUGGGAAUUAAGGAAGUCAAGCAUACUGGGAAUGAUUGAAGUUAUCAGAAAUUUUGUGAGCUUAUGGUAUCCAUCACUGAGACGACAAGGCAUAUUUUUGUUUCCAAUGAAGGUGAAGCUUUCAGUUGCAGUGUUGGCAACGAAUGAUAGUUGUAAGACAACCUUAUGAAAUUAGGAGUGUCUAAUUCAACAGCAAUCACAUUACAACCUUAUCAGAACUUGAAAUCUUCAGAGUUGUCAAUGUGUGUAAACAAAGUAGGUCAAACUUUGUCAUAGUAUUAGAAGGCAAUUCAAUGUUAAAUCCAUUCACCUUCAACACAUGUAGGUCUUUCGCAUUAAAGAUCGCCUCUGGCAAUUUGUAACGGGAUUUUAUUGCUAGGUCAAGUUCUUUGAUGUUACAAACUACGAGUGUAUCAAUCCAGUAAUUGUAUAUUUCAGGAGAUUUCCAUAA